CCAACCGUCAAGAAUUAAAUCAACAAUCAGCUGUUUCUGUUUGAUUCCGAUUGAGUUUUCCAUCAGCUGUAACUGAACAUGAUAAAAUUGAAACGAUGACUUGUGUCAAAUUGAAUUUGUAUGACGGUUCGUUCAGUGUAGGCUUGUUAUUGUGACGGAGUGUAUUUUUUUGUGUUGUCAUGAAUCCACUCUAGAGUAUAAUAAUUCUUUUAGUUACAAAUUAAAUAGAAAUAAAAUCAAGUUAAAGAAAUGAACGGCUGAAAAUUUAAGUAGUUAGGGGGUAUAGUCCUUGAACCUUUCGGAACCGGUGACUUACAACAAAAACAAUUUGGGAUGGCUCACAGAGAAGGUUGGGUGGUUGUGAACCAGGUGCCCACGCGUGUACAGACUUGGGGCGGCUGGAUUGAGGAUCCCCUCCCUGAUGGGGACUCUGUCAUCGUCUGCAUCCCUGGGAAUCCUGGGCUGACCUCGUUCUACAGGACUUUCCUAGCCUCCCUCCACCAGCAGCUGGGUAUUCCUGUGUGGAUUUGUUGUCAAGCUGGCCACGAAUUGCCUCCUCCAUCAACACGUCUCAAGUGUCCUACAGACCCUGCUCUCUACACGACAUCAGCUCAGGCCGCCCACAAGGCUGCAUUCCUACAACAAUACCUCCCAGCCAACCGCAAACUCUACUUGAUCGGCCACUCGCUUGGUGCCAAGCUGGUCUCUGAAUUGCUCAGGAACGAGUUGAUUGCUCGACACACACAGAAGUGCUAUCUGCUGAUGCCGACACUGGAAAGAAUUGCUGAUACUCCUAAUGGAAGAUUUCUGACUGGCAUUCUUGACUGCUUCAUGACUAUGAUAAUCUUUUUUGCAUGGAUAUUUUCACUAUUUCCAGACGCGUGUAGAGAGUUUCUGAUUGGGUGCUGGUUUUUCCUGUCGAGACAACACGGGGUGGACCAGGGCUGUAUGGAGGCCACUUGUCAUCUCACCAGGCCCAGACAACUCAGGAGUAUUUUCACCUUAGCACUCAACGAGAUGAAGUUUAUCAAGGAACUGGAUAUGCAGGUACUGAACACCCACUGCCCCAAACUAAAAGUGUACUUUGCCCGCAAGGAUGGCUGGGCUCCUCUCACGUAUAUGGAGAGCCUGAAGAAAGCAAAACCGGACAUCGAUGUCACAGUCUUGGGUGAACAGUUCCAACAUGCUUUCGUCCUAGACAAUCCAGAGGAGAUGGCAGAUAUUUUAGCACAGGAGAUAAAAAUAGAGAGGGCCAAGUGAUUGUGCUGCUUGGUUAGCAACAUAUGAUGGUUAAGGGUGGUAGAAUAGGUAAAGCCAAGAUCAGCACAGUAAGCCAAUAUAAUAGAAAUUGAAUACCAUUGUCGUAUUUUCUUACGAACAUGCACUUUUCAAACUGAGAAUAGGAUAGAAGGGGGGUAGAUUGUAAUAAAAAAUAAUGGGAUGAAAAAAUAAAUUAAAACUCCACUACAAUAGGCUUUGUAAUAUAUAAAUUUAUUAAACCUUUAAACAUUGUGAUCCUGCUGUUUUAUAAUAUCAAUUGUUCAACAUCAAGUAUUGACUCUAGGUUUUAAUAACCCUGCAACUGGUAGUUAAAAUCCUGCAUUUAUUGCUUUGUCAAUAUAACUUUAUCUAAAACGAGUUAGGUUUACUAGCUUAUUUAAUAUUGAUGCAAGAGAAAAAUUACUAUACUUAGAAAACAAAAAGCUCAAUCGGAAAGACUUCAGUUGUGUUAGAUUUUAGGAUCUUUAAAAAUCAUAACCCUUAAAUUGUAAUCCAAAACUUAAAAUAUUUAGAUACAAUAAACAUUAUUUUAACACAUUUUAUGAUAAUUAGAGCAGCUUUAUAAAACUGCAAAUGAGUUCAAAUACCAACAGAAUUUUUAAAAUAAUUUAAAGGAGCAUUAUUAUGCUUAAAAAAAAAGUAAAUAAUGUCUUAUUUUACCAGGCGAAGUUAGGGCUAAGAAGCCCUCUCUAACACUUAACCUGUUUUUAUGUUUAUUACAUCAUAAUAAGUUUUUUAGUAACCAGAGUCUCUCUAUUAUCCGCUGCUGUAGCUACAAUGUAAACAGUGUCUUGUUUAUCGUCAUAACAUAUUGAUAAAUUAAAAGGUUAAACUCACUUUUCUCUUUUUUAAUGACUUGUAUUUGUUUCAAUAACCAUUAAAUUGUGUUUAAUUUUGUAAAUCACAAUAAACAAAGAAAUGUGAAUAACUAUUUACAGUAACCAAUUAACUUUAAAAGUUGAAAAUUUUAAAUCAGUUAAAAAAAAACUCCUCAAGGUGCUUGGGUAAAUUUUCUUGGUACAAUAUGAGCAAAAUCCAUAUUGUGGGUUAAUAUAACCAAGUUUUAGUAGAGAAAAGAGUUGUUUCCACACUAAAACAAAAAAGAAUUAUUCCUAAUUGGAGUUAGUUAAAACACCUAACACUACAUAAAACUUGUAAAGGUAAUUAUUCUAGCUUGUUUUUUUUUUCUUUCUGCCCACAUUCUGUCACAGAGGAAAAAACUUAGGUAAAUAUUAGUUAAUUAAUGAUAGCGAGCUGAUGACAUACAUUAAUUUUCAUGGUGAAUCUGUGUUAGCUCCUCCAAUACAUUAAAAUCAUUCUAGUUGAUGUUAGUUCCUAGAUGGGUGUUAAUUAAGUAAAAGUUACUUAGUUUAUUCAAAUAUAUUUGUUGAACGAAGUCUCAUGUUAUUGUAUGGUAGUGUGUGUGAUAUGAUUACUUAUUUAAGAAUGUAAGUGGUACUCACUCUAUUAUCCAGUGUUUAUGCAAGGUUUCUUACAUUCCACACUUCAAGAGUUAUAGAAUUUUAUAUGUAUGUUUUAUAAAUAAAUAAUUGUUACAGAA